CAGUAUAAUCGUUUACACACGUGGUGUCGUUACUCUUCACUUCUUCUGUCUUCAGUUUUCACUCUUCAUUCUUCACGGACUACAAUAUCGUCGUUUCAUAUUAUGAAACUAUAUUUUGGCAUUUUGGCGUCAUCGACUGCCAUGGUCACUGUCUAUUCUAUAAGGUGAUUGCACUGUAGUGUCUUGCGAUUACCACAAUAGCCACUCUUCUACCGUGACCAGUACUGGCUUAGAAGUGCUAAGGCGCGCAGUAGUUAGUACUUAGUACUAUAGUAUAGCCGUUACUCGUUCGUCAAUUUUUAAGUCAACCAAUCAAGUAUUCUGUGUCGGAUUUGCAGUGUUCAUAUUAUUAUUAGAUUACGUUUGUGUUCUAACUUAUAAUACCUUCGAAUAAAUACCGUUUGACCAACCACAACGUUUGGCAUUAACCUGAUCGUGAUUUACUCUGCCAGUAAUUGCCAACACAAAAAUGACGGAGGAGUACAUUAAAACAGUGUCCGUUCACAUGGACAAUUUGAAUACACAUCCUCAUUGCUCUCAUGGACCAACACUAUUGUUUUCUCGAGGAUCUGACAAUAAAAAGUUUUACUCUUGCUCAGCACAUAGAGAUCGAAAAAAAUGUUCUUUUUUUGUGUGGGAAAAUCAAAUUGAAACAAUUGGACAAAAAUACAUGGAACAAUAUGAAAGAGAUCUCUUUGUUACAAAAAUGAUGAGAUAUAAAUUACAAUCCAGGUUCAAUGAUAUAAAAAAUUUAACCCCAGAAGAAAGAUGUUUCUGUCAGAAAUGUGGUGAAUUAUUUUCUAAGACUCAACGAGAGUUACAUUCAGACCAUUAUGAAAUGCUAGUAGAAGAUAUAAAUGAUUUAAAAUUAUCUCACCCUUCACAGUUGUUUAGACCACUUCAAGAAUCAAAAAGUGAAUCUCAGUAUUUUUUUACUGAAAACACUAUUGAAAUGUUAGUCAAAAUGUUUCGUUCUGUUGGUACAACUAAUAUUAUUUGUAUUGGUGCUCCUACUAUACACGAAAAAAUAUUAUGUGACAUACCUGAGAUAAGCAGUGUUUUACUUGACAUUGAUCAUAGAUACUUGCAAUUUUAUGACACUGGCCAUUUCAGAUGGUUUAACAUGUAUAACUGCCACAUACUUGAAGAAUGUGACACAGAGUUUGUGUUGGAAGACAUUUUGACCCAAGGAGAUUCUACAGCUGUAUUUAUUGACCCUCCAUUUGGUGGCAGACUUGAACCAUUAGCAUAUACACUAGAAAAAUUUGAUCAAAUUAGGAAAAAAAACAACAAGUGCAUAUUAUCAAAGUUUCUUGUAUUACCUUAUUUUAUGGAACGUUUUGUAGUCAGUUGCAUACCUGGGAUGUCAAUGAUAGAUUAUAAAAUUGACUACAUAAAUCAUAAAAAGUUUAAUAGUUCUGGGAGGAAUAAAGGAUCACCAAUUAGAAUAUUUACUAAUGUAGAUCAGUGCAAGAUAUCUUUACCUGUUGAGGAAAAUUAUAGAUUUUGUGAUGAAUGUAAUCGAUGGGUUUGCUCAGAAAAUGUACACUGUUACAAGUGCAAUAGUUGUACAUCAAAGAAUGGCCGUGAAUACAUACACUGUAACUUAUGUAAAAGAUGUGUGAAAAGAACAUGGAAACAUUGCAAAUCAUGUAACAAAUGUUGCUUAAUAGAACAUAGUUGUAUGCGAUUUCCAACUAAGGGUACAAUGAAGAGCAGACCACGUAAAAAACAUAUAUUGUCAAAGGCAUAAAUAAUACUCAAUAUUCAAAUAAAUAUGAUGUUUAGAUUAAAUUGUUAAAAAAUAUAUCAUAUACUAUUUA